AUGAGUGUCUCGGCAAACCAGCCUGUUCUGCGCGAUAGUGCAAACCCAUAUGGGAUGCAAGUAGAGCAGAACCCCUUUAACGAUGCCCCUGCGAGGCCUAUGGGCGCUCGUGCACCUGUACAGCAGCCGUACGUCCCUGCGGGCAGUGCAAACCAAGCGCCGAGCUACGGCGGUGCACCCAACUAUGCCAACGCCAACGCCUCGAGUGCUCACCUCGCCUCCGCUGGUGAGAAGCAGCCGCGAUACGCGGGCGUGCCUGCUGCGACCUCCAAACGGCGCUCGAUCUGGCCGUGGGUGCUCACUAUACUGGGCAUUGUGGUUGUCCUCGCCAUUGCCCUCGGUGUCGGCCUCGGUGUCGGACUGAACCAGGACGACGACAAGGACAAGAACCUGGGUGAUAUGAAUGUGGGAGCCGCGCAAAACAAGAUGGCACCGCCGUUCCCCGCCGAGGUCAUCGAUGCUGCAAACAAGGCUUCUGCGGCCGGAAAAACAGACCCGCUCACCUACAUGGCCACCGACGUCUACGGCAACCCCAUGUUUGGCGGAAACCUGAACCUCGCCGCACCGGGCGCCGACGGCAAGCAGGUCGGUGACUGCGGUGCCGACCCCUGGAAGCCAACGAACAAUAUCAACAAUGUGCGCCCGCAGCACCCUCGCCUCUUUGCGCCUGACCAUUUGUGGCAGUGCCUUCCCGCUAAGAUCAACAACGAUGCAUACCUGACCGUGUGGAACUACAGCAUCUUCCAGAAUGCAACUGCGUGGAGUGACCAGCAGCCCGUCUCGUACGAUGUCGACGGCGGCCUCGAUCUCUCGGGCAUUCUCGACGUCUCACGCAUCGUCCAGCAGCGGAUCAAGUCGUGGGCAUAUGCCUACCGCAUGACCCGCGACAAAAAGUGGAGUAAGCGCGCGUUCCGGGAACUUCGCGUCGCCGCCGGCAACGUGACGAAGCAGCCGUUUGGCUCGCCCGCCACGCGCUGGAACCCCGAGCACUUUUUGGACACGGCUGAGAUGCUGACGUCGUACGCGAUUGCGUUUGACUGGAUGUUUGAUGCUUGGACGGACAAGGAGCGCGCCGAAAUCAUCGACUGGAUGGUUCAGUACGGUCUUGCACCCGGCCUCGACUUGUACAACAAGAAUCAGGCGUGGUGGUCGGAGCCAGCGAGCGGUAACGGUAACUGGAACUGUGUGAGCAACGGUGGCCUCAUUGUCGGCGCCCUUGCCAUCCGCAGCGAGGCACAGGGCAGCGAUGCCGACGUGGUGAACCAGAUCCUGCCCAAGGCACUCGACAACUUCAAGGCAAACUGUAUGCGUGGUGUCUACGAGGACGGUACAUGGAGCGAGACGCCCAACUACUGGUACUUUGGCACCAAUGCACACGCACGUGCCCUCUCUGCGCUCGAGACUGCGACCGGCAGCGAUCAGGGCAUCAUGGACCAGAACAAGAAUUGGUACAAGACGGGCGAUUUCCACAUGUAUGUGACUGGUAACGGCGGCAUGUUUGCCUACGGCGACAAUGGCCCGAACAAGUUUGCUACCACCGCAAACCAGCUCUUCCUCUAUGGCCAGAAGUCGGACCAGCCGCGCUAUGCCCUCUUCCAGCGCGACCGUGCGGAUGCAGCGGAUCCGUUGAGCAUGUUCUGGUACGAUACUAGCUCCAAAGGUGCCUUUUGGAACGGACUUGCUCUCGACCAGUGGUUCAACAACGACCUCGGCAACUGGGUUUCCAUGCGCAGCUCCUGGACUGACAUGGGCAGCGUGUUUGUCGCCAUGAAGGCUUCCAACGCGACGGGCCACCAAACCCACGGUGACCUCGAUGCGGGCGACUUUGUCAUCGAUGCGCUCGGCACACGCUGGGCGGGUGAGUAUGGCAGCGACAACUAUCUCUCCAAGGACUACUUUACCUCAGAGGCCAACGAUGCCUCGCGCUGGAGCUACUUCCGCAAAGGCACACAGGGCCAGAACACCAUCGUGCUUGACCAACAGAACCAGGUGCCGAACUGCAAGCCCACCAACAAGUUUGAGUCGACGAACCCCAAGCAGAACGAGAAGCUUGACUACGCGCCGGGCAAAGACGAUGUGGCGUACUUUACCUCGGAUAUGUCGUCGUGCUACGGCGCCCCUGACGGAAAGAUCAAGCGCGGUAUUCGUUUCUUGAAUGGCCGCCGUCAAGUCUUGCUUCAAGACGAGAUCCAGGGAGGGAACAAGCAGGCAGCUUGGCGUGUACAGACUAACGCGACCGUGACCUUGUCGGACGAUAAGCGCACGGCCACGCUUGAAAUCACCCAGGUGGACAAUACCAAUGCGGGCCAGCAAAGCAAUCAGACGCUUCCUGCGCCCGUUCGUAUGGUCGUGCAGCUGCUGCAGCCCCCCCAGGCGGCGUUCGCUGUUGGCCCUGCGUACACGGACAACCACCCGAACUAUUACUACGGUGCAGACAAAGUGCCGAAACAGGACACCUUCCCUGCUGGUGUGAUCCAGAAGCAGGGCGACACGAUCCCCGCUGAGAUUGUCGACAACGAAGUCAACAUCCUCUCGAUCGAGCUCGAUGGUGCGCAGGACAACAAUGUUCAGGUCCUUUGGCAGCCGCAGUACCCGACUAUGGAUGCCGAUGACAAAAAGCUGCCCCCGAAUGUACCCCUGGACCAAUGGUCGCUUAAGAGCCAUUAG